AUGUCUGCCUCUUUGGCUCCGGAAUGUAAUGAUGCGAAGGAACGUUACGAUUCCUGUUUCCUGAAAUGGUAUAGCGAAAAAUAUCUAAGGGGGCAAGCCACAACAGACGAGUGUGAACCUCUGUUCAAGGACUAUAAAAAGUGCUUGACAGUGGCCCUGAAGGAACGUGGUAUUGACAAGAUGCUGGAAGAAGCUCGGGAGGACCACAAGGAGAACGAUGCUCUCCACAUGAGGCGCAAAUGUGAGUGGAAUGCCUCUAUGUGA